AUGCAUGCUAGCCCUCCACCGCCCGAACCAGCGCCGCGGCUCUCCACCGUUGCUCUCUUCAGCAUGUUGCUCUCUUCAGCAUGUUGCUCGCUUCAGCAUGUUGCUCUCUUCAGCAUGUUGCUCGCUUCAGCAUGUUGCUCUCUUCAGCAUGUUGCUCGCUUCAGCAUGUUGCUCUCUUCAGCAUGUUGCUCGCUUCAGCAUGUUGCUCUCUUCAGCAUGUUGCUCGCUUCAGCAUGUUGCUCUCUUCAGCAUGUUGCUCGCUUCAGCAUGUUGCUCUCUUCAGCAUGUUGCUCGCUUCAGCAUGUUGCUCUCUUCAGCAUGUUGCUCGCUUCAGCAUGUUGCUCGCUUCAGCAUGUUGCACGCUUCAGCAUGUUGCUUGCUUCAGCAUGUUGCUCUCUUCAGCAUGUUGCUCUCUUCAGCAUGUUGCUCGCUUCAGCAUGUUGCUCGCUUCAGCAUGUUGCUCUCUUCAGCAUGUUGCUCGCUUCAGCAUGUUGCUCUCUUCAGCAUGUUGCUCGCUUCAGCAUGUUGCUCUCUUCAGCAUGUUGCUCGCUUCAGCAUGUUGCUCGCUUCAGCAUGUUGCACGCUUCAGCAUGUUGCUCGCUUCAGCAUGUUGCUCUCUUCAGCAUGUUGCUCUCUUCAGCAUGUUGCUCGCUUCAGCAUGUUGCUCUCUUCAGCAUGUUGCUCGCUUCAGCAUGUUGCUCGCUUCAGCAUGUUGCUCGCUUCAGCAUGUUGCACGCUUCAGCAUGUUGCUCGCUUCAGCAUGUUGCUCUCUUCAGCAUGUUGCUCUCUUCAGCAUGUUGCUCGCUUCAGCAUGUUGCUCUCUUCAGCAUGUUGCUCUCUUCAGCAUGUGCUCGCUUCAGCAUGUUGCUCGCUUCAGCAUGUUGCUCUCUUCAGCAUGUUGCUCUCUUCAGCAUGUUGCUCUCUUCAGCAUGUUGCUCGCUUCAGCAUGUUGCUCUCUUCAGCAUGUUGCUCGCUUCAGCAUGUUGCUCUCUUCAGCAUGUUGCUCGCUUCAGCAUGUUGCUCUCUUCAGCAUGUUGCUCGCUUCAGCAUGUUGCUCUCUUCAGCAUGUUGCUCUCUUCAGCAUGUUCCUCCUUUCAGCAUGUUGCUCGCUUCAGCGUGUUGCUCUCUUCAGCAUGUUGCUCGCUUCAGCAUGUUGCUCUCUUCAGCAUGUUGCUCGCUUCAGCAUGUUGCUCUCUUCAGCAUGUUGCUCGCUUCAGCAUGUUGCUCUCUUCAGCAUGUUGCUCUCUUCAGCAUGUUGCUCGCUUCAGCAUGUUGCUCUCUUCAGCAUGUUGCUCGCUUCAACAUGUUGCUCUCUUCAGCAUGUUGCUCUCUUCAGCAUGUUGCUCGCUUCAGCAUGUUGCUCUCUUCAGCAUCAAACAGCCAUAUGUUGCGCCGCUGCUGCUGCAGGCUGCAGCAGCCCUGCACUAUGCGGAGAUGGCUUUGCCUCCGCCUGCUCGCUUCCCGUACCUGUACCAGGCGCCCAUUGUGACACUGGCGUUUGUAUGCCUGGUGCCUGUGAUUGUUUUUAGGAACCUAUGGCAUUGGGGCGCGCCCAAGGAUGGGUUUCCGUUCGAGGAGGGUGAGAGGGAUGGGGGCAGGAGUAAGGGGACUAAAAGGGGGUAA